AUGGCUAGUCCUAUAGAAUCUCAACAGCAUCUCUCCAUAUAUCUAGGUUUCUGCCAUACCCUUGUGGGUCACGUCAUUCUGCAACCGUCCUUGGAGUCGGUGCAGGCACUUCUUCUUUUCUCGAUAACUCUCCGUGUCCGCGAUCAAUUGUCUCCGGCAUGGGACAUGCUUAUGAUCGCUAUCUCCAUGGCACAGACACUGGGGCUCGGCGACCCCGAUGCCUUGCGACAUUCGAUCCCCGAACGUGAGGCCGAUAGUAGUAUGGCUUCUAGACGCACAUGGUGGAUGCUAUACGUGUUCGAAAAGUUCCUCGCUUUCGAUUCAGGACGCAGAUCCACUUUAGGCAAUCAAAGCCUCUCAUCCUUGGAGCGGGACGCUCCGGCAAAGCCACUUGAAUGUGGGCAAGCUACGAAGCCUCAAGGUUACGAAUGCUACCUCGCCAGUUUGGCAAAUGUACUACAUGAAAUGCAAGAUCGUUCAUGGCGUACCUGGAAGAGAGAGUACCUGGAUGCAAGGAGCGAUUUGGAUUCCCGCGAGAGCAAAAUCCGUGCAACGGGCGCAAUCGAAUCUUUGCUGUGGAAGUGGCGAAGCAGCCUGCCUCCUGAAUAUCAGGCUGGAUGUUGUAAAUCCGCCGAUGUGCAACUCACGCCUCAGUGGGCAUUUCUCUUCUUUUACUAUCAUCAGGCGAUUUUUGUAUUAUAUCGUAAUGCUCUUUUGCUAGACUGGAGCGAGGUGAAGCGAGAGGUCGAUCGAUUUGGAUCCAAAGAACCCUGGCAUCUGCGGAUUCGCAAUGGUCCCCAAAUAUAUCUUGAAGCUGCUAAGGAUAUGACAAAUUUACAAGUCGCAGUGACCGAGAGUGCGGCGCCCAGUUUCCUAGCCGUGGCCACUUCGCCACUGCCAGCAGCCUACGUCUUGCUCAUUUAUAUCCGUUGCCAGCCAGCCUCUAUCCUGAACCGAGCACAUUUCGAGAUCAUGAAAGCUGCAAUGACCAUCUCACGCCAGCGAUAUUCGUCGAAGUGCACUGACAGCCAACUGGGUAAAUGUCUUGAUGUGUUAGAAAAUUAUGCCUCACGGCACCUCUCAGGCAUGGCCGAUCAAUUUUCAGAGGAGUCAAGUUCGGAACCCACAGUGGAUGAUCUGACCACAAUGUCACUCUCGAAUGGGGAGCUAUUGUCGAUGUCACUAGAAUCGUCAUCGCUCUCAUGGGGAUCCCUUGAGUCUUUAAGCUGGGACUGGAACGAAUUCGUUUCAUAG